UACUUUUUUUGGGAUAUUCGCGGUUUUAUCAAGAUGUGUCACGUGUUUAAGAUUUUUUUCUCAAUGUAAACAGUAGUUUAAAAUGUGUGUUUUACAACUGUAAACUUUAGUGAAUAAAAUAACCCUACUAAUGUUAUUGUUCCAAAAUUUCUGUGAUUUUGUGAAAUGACUCAAAUUCAGCGAGACACGGUUAUUCAUCUAGUUGCCGGAGGGGUUGCUGGAACGACGGGAGCAAUCGUCACGUGUCCUUUGGAAGUGGUGAAGACCCGCCAGCAAUCGUCGAAGAGCGGCUUCAUUGUUGUCCGUGACCUGCCGAACGUACCCGGCGAAAGCGCCCAACCGAAAACCACUUGCAGAACUCUUCCGGACCAGAGGCGUAGGUUAUGGACAACAUGUCAAUACAGCCGCCCUCAAGUUGUGGCUCUUUCAGGUUAUACCUACACGCCGGUGCAGUCGCUCAACAUUAUCCAGUGUCUUAAGUACAUUGUGCAACAUGAGGGGCCCAUGGCGCUUUUUAAAGGUCUUGGGCCAAACCUCGUAGGCGUCGCACCCUCCAGAGCCGUCUAUUUCUGUACAUACUCACAAGCGAAGGCUUUCUGUAAUGGGGUGCUGCCACCAGAUUCUCCCGUUGUGCACGUGUGCUCGGCUUCGUGCGCGGGCUUUAUGGCGUGCACCCUCACCAAUCCGAUAUGGUUCGUCAAAACCCGCCUGCAAUUGGACUUAAAUAGGAAUAGUAAUGUGACUGCUAUGCAAGUCGUUAGAAGGAUAUAUGCCACUUCGGGAUUAAUAGGUUUUUAUAAAGGCAUAACUGCUUCCUACAUGGGCAUAUCGGAAACGAUUGUCCACUUUGUGAUAUACGAAGCCAUAAAAGCCAGAUUGAUAGAGCGCAGAUCGCACGUGUCGGACGAGAAGAGCUCCAAAGAUUUCCUGGAAUUCAUGCUGGCCGGAGCCAUAUCGAAAACGGUCGCUUCGUGCAUCGCUUAUCCGCACGAAGUGGCCAGAACCAGAUUGAGAGAGGAGGGAAACAAGUACAGCGCUUUUUGGCAAACGCUGGGUUUAGUUUAUAAGGAAGAAGGUUUAAGAGGAAUUUACAGAGGAUUGAUCACCCAAUUAGUCAGACAAAUACCCAACACGGCAAUCAUGAUGGCUACUUACGAAGCCGUAGUUUACAUUUUAACCACCAGAUUCAAUAGCGAAUUUUACGCCAAAGAUAGGGGCCACUAG